CCAUCUCGUCUCCACCAUGGCCUUCUCAGGCGCCACCGUCGCAGGCAACUACGACCGCACAGAACACGCCUCCGGCCCCACCCUCGCCCGCACCACCUCCCGCUCCUACUACGACUCACACCCCAGCGACGACCUCCCACCCCAGACUCACCAGCAAAGGGAACAAGAGCUCCACCACCUCGCUCGUACCCUCUCCCGCAGCUCGGCCCGCCACCCCACCGCCUAUGCUCCCCACCGCACCUUGACCCGUGACACCGUCUACGAGAACCCAGAAAACGUCUUUGACUAUGAGAAGGGCUCGGACCUCGACCCCUUCUCGGACAAGUUCAACGCCAAGAAAUGGACUCGCAUGGUCUUCCAGGCCUCCCAGGAUUCUGGGCCCACACGGCAGGCUGGUCUGUCGUUCAAGAACAUGAGCGUGCAUGGUUACGGCUCCGAUGCCGACUACCAGACCACCGUGUCCAACAUUUUCCAAAAGACCUUUGGCGCCAUCAGAGAUCAGAUCAGCGGCAACCACAGGAAGGUGCAGAUCCUCAAUGGCAUGGACGGUGUGCUCGAGGCCGGAGAGAUGUUGGUCGUGCUUGGUCCCCCAGGAAGUGGUUGUUCGACCAUGCUCAAGACUGUUGCUGGUGAGAUGAACGGUAUCUUUCUCGAUGAAGAGUCGCAACUCAACUACCGAGGUAUCACGCCCAAGCAAAUGUAUGGCCAGUUCCGUGGGGAAGCCAUCUACACUGCCGAAGUCGAUGUCCAUUUCCCCAACCUCACUGUCGGUCAAACUUUGGCCUUUGCUGCCAAGGCGCGUGCCCCUCGAACACCCCCCGGUGGUCUCUCCCAGGCUGCCUACGCCGCUCACAUGCGUGACGUGAUCAUGUCCGUUUUCGGUAUCUCCCACACCAUCAACACCAUCGUCGGUAACGACUUUGUCCGUGGUGUCUCUGGGGGUGAGCGAAAGCGAGUCACCAUUGCCGAGGCCGCUCUUGCCGGUGCCCCGCUCCAAUGCUGGGACAACUCUACCCGUGGUCUCGACUCUGCCAACGCCAUCGAGUUUUGCAAAAACCUCCGUCUCAACGCCGACUACAUGGGCAUCACCUCUGUCGUCGCCAUCUACCAAGCUCCCCAGUCUGCCUACGACGUCUUUGACAAGGUGUCUGUGUUGUACGAAGGCGAGCAGAUCUUUUUCGGCAAGACCACCGAGGCCAAGCAGUUCUUCCUCGAUAUGGGUUUCCACUGCCCCGAGCAGCAGACUACUCCCGAUUUCCUCACAUCCCUCACCUCUGCCACUGAGCGUACCGCCCAGCCCGGCUUUGAGGGUCGAGUCCCCACCAACCCUCAAGAGUUUGCGGCGGCGUGGAAGAAGAGUGACAAGUACAGGGAGCUGCAAGAGCAGAUCCAAAGCUUUGAGGCCAAGUACCCCGUCCAUGGCGAGCAGUACAACAGUUUCUUGGAGUCUAGGCGAGCUCAGCAGUCCAAGCACAUCCGGCCGAAGUCUCCCUACACCCUCUCUUACGCCGGGCAAGUCAAGCUCUGUCUCCACCGUGGUUUCGAGCGUCUCUUGGCCGACCCCAGUUUGACUUUUACACAACUCUUCGGUAACACUGCUAUGGCUCUUAUCAUUGGAUCGGUCUUUUACAAUAUGGAAGACAACACGUCGUCAUUCUACUCUCGUGGAGCUUUGCUAUUCUUUGCCAUCUUGAUGAGUGCUUUCAGUUCGGCUUUAGAAAUUCUUAUUCUCUACGCUCAACGUGGUAUUGUCGAGAAGCACUCGCGAUACGCCUUCUACCACCCUUCGGCAGAAGGAGUAGCGUCAGCGUUGACGGAUAUGCCGUACAAGAUUCUCAACGCUAUCCUCUUCAACUUGACCAUCUACUUUAUGACCAACCUGCGUCGUGAACCAGGACCAUUCUUCUAUUUCAUGUUGAUCACUUUCACUCUUACCAUGGUCAUGAGUAUGCUCUUCCGAUCUAUCGCUUCGCUCUCUCGAUCGCUCACUCAAGCGCUUGCCCCCGCGGCUCUCUUGAUUCUCGCCCUCGUCAUCUACACUGGUUUCGCCAUCAACGUCUCCAACAUGAGAGGCUGGGCCCGAUGGAUCAACUAUCUCGAUCCCAUCGCGUACGGAUUCGAAUCUUUGAUGAUCAACGAGUUCCACGGCAGAGAAUACGACUGUUCCGUCUUUGUGCCUUCUGGCGGCCCCUAUGACUCUGUCGAUGCCUCUCAACGAGUGUGUAGCACUGUCGGCGCUGUGGCGGGGAGCAGUGUGGUCAACGGUGAUACGUAUAUCAACGAGUCUUACUCUUACUACCACGCCCACAAGUGGAGGAACUUUGGUAUCCUUAUCGCCUUCUUCCUCUUCAACACUUUUGUCUACCUCUCUGCUACCGAGCUCAUCACUGCCAAAAAGUCCAAGGGUGAAAUCCUCAUCUUCCCCCGAGGCCGCGUGCCCAAGGCCAUCCUCGCCCGCUCAACCGAAUCUAUCAACGACCCCGAAGCCGGUGGCUACGCCGGCGGUUCCCGCGCUGCCAAACAACUCACCGGUGCUGACCGUGCCGACGCUGGCAUCAUCCAACGCCAAACCGCCGUCUUCUCCUGGAAGGAUGUCGUCUACGAUAUCAAGAUCAAGGGCGAGCCCAGGCGUAUCCUGGACCACGUCGACGGCUGGGUCAAGCCUGGUACGCUCACGGCUUUGAUGGGUGUUUCCGGUGCUGGUAAAACGACGCUUCUGGAUGUGUUGGCUACCCGUGUUACUAUGGGUGUCGUUACUGGUGAGAUGCUGGUCGAUGGCGAGCAGCGAGAUGUCUCUUUCCAGCGAAAGACGGGUUAUGUUCAGCAACAGGAUCUCCACCUCGAAACUUCUACUGUCCGAGAGGCCCUCCGAUUCAGUGCCGUCCUCCGUCAGCCCAAGGCUGUUAGUACUCAGGAAAAGUACGAGUAUGUCGAGGAGGUCUUGAAGCUUUUGGAAAUGGACGCGUACGCCGAUGCUGUUGUCGGUGUCCCUGGUACUGGUUUGAACGUCGAGCAGAGGAAGCGUCUCACUAUCGGUGUCGAACUUGUCGCCAAGCCCGCUCUUCUUCUCUUCCUCGACGAGCCCACUUCCGGUCUCGACUCUCAGACUUCCUGGAACAUUCUUCUCCUCCUCCGAAAGCUCACCGAGCACGGCCAAGCUAUUCUCUGUACAAUCCACCAGCCUUCCGCCAUGCUUUUCGAGCAAUUCGACAGGUUGCUCUUCCUUGCCCGAGGCGGAAAGACGGUCUACUUUGGUGAAGUCGGUGCUGGGUCCAAGACUUUGAUCAACUAUUUCGAAAAGACUGGUGCGCCCAAGUGUCCCCCUAACGAAAACCCUGCCGAGUGGAUGCUUUCUGCUAUUGGUGCUGCCCCUGGAACCCACACCGACGUCGACUGGCACCAAGCCUGGCUCGACUCUCCCGAACGUGUCGUCGUCCGCCAAGAGCUCGCCCGUAUCAAGGACACCAAGGGUGGCAAGGGCGACGCUGCCAACAAGGAAAACACUGUCGAAAAGUCUGCCGCCGAAAGGAAGGCCGAGUAUGCCGAGUUUGCCGCGCCCAUGUGGAAGCAGUUUGUCGUCGUCACUCUUCGUGUCUGGCAGCAGCACUGGAGGACGCCGAGCUACAUCUGGUCCAAGAUUGCGCUUGUCGUCGCCUCUGGUCUUUUCAUCGGUUUCUCCUUCUUCAAGUCUGGUACUUCUCAGUCCGGUCUUCAGAAUCAGCUCUUCUCUGUCUUUAUGAUGUUUACCAUCUUUGGUCAAAUGGUCCAGCAAAUCACUCCCAACUUUGUCACGCAGCGAAGUUUGUACGAGGUGCGAGAGAGGCCUUCCAAGACCUACUCCUGGAAGGUGUUCAUGAUGUCCAACGUCAUUUCCGAAAUUCCUUGGGCCCUCCUCAUGGGUCUUCUCAUGUUUGUCACCUGGUACUACCCUAUCGGCUACUAUGUCAACGCCGAGCCCACCAACGCUGUCCACCUCCGAGGCGCCUUGAUGUUCCUCUACAUUGAGAGCUUCAUGCUCUUCACCUCGACAUUUGCCGUCAUGAUUGUUGCUGGUAUCGACACUGCCGAGACUGCUGGUAACAUUGCCAACUUGCUCUUCUCUUUGUGUCUCAUCUUUUGCGGUGUUCUCGCCACGAGUGACCAGUUCCCCCGAUUCUGGAUCUUCCUUUACCGAGUCUCGCCAUUCACCUACAUUACCGAGGGUAUGCUUGCCGUCGCCGUCGCCAACACCAAUGUCGUAUGCGCUACCCAAGAGCUGCUCUCGUUCAACCCCCCGUCUGGACAGACUUGUGGCGACUACAUGAGCACCUACAUGUCUGCCGCCGGUGGUUACCUUGUGGACGCGAGCGCCACCGACGCUUGUCAGUACUGUGCUCUCGACAGCACCAACACUUUCUUGGCUCAGUUCAAGAUCUACUACAGCCACGCUUGGAGGAACUGGGGUAUUCUCUGGGCCUACAUCAUUUUCAACAUCUUUGCCGCUGUCCUCAUCUACUAUGUCGCCCGAGUCCCCAAGAAUGCUGGCAAGGAGCAAGCUACUCCCGACGACGAGCCCACCCGCACCACCACCAACAAGACUGUCCCCGCCGCCCCUCCAUCCGAAGGUACCACUGUCGCUUCCGACACUGCUACCGAAAAGCACGCUGUCAGAUCAUCGGCUGAGGGUGCUGAGGGUUUGAGGGUUUAGGCGAUGUCUUGUGGAAAUAGAAAGGGGUUGUAAGGAAUUCACAUCACACAUAGAAUAAGUGUUCGCGUCGACGAACCAUACCAUCUACUAUAUUAUUGUUUAAUCAUAUUUUCCCUCGCUCAUUAGAUAUCCAUGGAUACUUGUUUUGGA